CUGACUUUCACCGUAAUAGAAAGGAACCACCUGCCCAGUUGUGUUUGUGUUGUGGCUGAGUGAGGGGCGUCAGCUGAUAUAUCUUCUUCACCUCCUCCACUCCUCCACCAUGGCGAGGGCGGGAUGACCAGCUGGCUGCGAGACUCCCCGCUGAGGGUGUCGCUGGGCCGGCGCCGCCCCGCCCCGCCCCCCCUGCAGGAUGUGGACCCCGCUGCUGCCUUCCACUCCUUCAUCAAGCACUGGCAGCAGACUAGGGACAUCAUUGAGCGCACCAAACUCAGAGGACAUGUGUUUGCCGAUGACGUGACGGCCGUGAUCAACCACCUGGCGCAGAUGUCCACCCUGCUAUUGGUCGACCUCAAGCAGAUCACCGCACACAAGCACAGUGGAAGGGGCGGCCGGCGGAAAGACACACCACACCCACCACAACAAUGCAACAACAACACCACCACCACCACCAACAAUAACAACAACAACAACAACAACAACAGCAACAGCAACAGCAACCAUCAUCCCCUAGAAGAGCCGCCUUCCCCCAGUGAGGGCGCCCCCACCACCGCCUCCCUCCCGGCUGAUGUGCCCCCCAACACCCCAAUCUUCGACCACUUCCUAGGCGAGGAGAUCCUGGACAAGAUCGUGGACUGGAGCCUCGGAGCGGGAGAGUUCGUCAAUGCACUCAAACUGGAGCAGCUCAAGGUUCACGAGCAGCUUCUCAGCCACUCACAACAAGAGGUGCUAGUGUACAAGCCAAUAAUCCGGCCCCUUCAGAAGCUGCUGUCCUCCUGCAGUGGGUGUCUUCACUCGGAUGUGGAGAAGAGGCUGGUGGUGCUCCUCAACCAGCUGUGUGUCUCUCUCAUGAAUAAUCAACACCUUCUCGACUUCUUCUUCCAGUUUCCCGAAGGACAGGGACCCACCAAGUUUGUGAUCUUCUCGCUGCUGCUGCCGUACAUACACAGGGAGGGGGGUGUGGGGCAGCAGGCCAGGGACGCGCUGCUCCUCUGCAUGGCCCUCUCUGCCUCACACACGGCCGUCGGACAGUAUAUCGCCCAGCACUCCAACUUCUGCCAUGUGCUGGCGGGGGGACUCAAUGCUCUGUACUCCAACCUGCCGCGUUCCCUCACCGUGGCGUCGGAGGGCUGGCACCGACUAACCCCAGAGGACAUCGCUGAAAUACCGCAGCUUCAACACUUCCUUAACUCUCUCGAAUUCUGCAAUGCUGUUGUCCAGGUGGCUCAUCCUCUGGUGCGGCAGCAGCUGGUGGAGUUCCUGUACCAAGCUUUCCUGGUUCAAGUUUUGGGUUCAGCUCUGCGUCAGGAUGAGACAGUUACUGGGAGGAUGGGGCCAGCCAACACUCCCGUCAUUAUGUCAGUGGUGAGUGAGGUGGUGUCAGCGACGGCGUACGUGGAGCUUUGCCUGCGGACUGUGACGGAGCCUGACCUUCUGCGGGUGUUCCUGGCCUUCCUCCUCACCACCCCUGACGACCCAGACCCCGCCACUCCUCCUGAAGCCCCCAUCAUCACCCUCCUCAUCUCCAGGCUACACUCCCCCAACACACAACUGUGCCUGGUGACCCUGAGCCUGUUCUGGACCCUGGUGGACCUGAACUGUGAGGACCUGAUGCUGGCGCUGGUGUUCCAGUACCUGGCGCCCUGCACACACGUCAUGCUGUCCCAGCGGUCACGCCUCACACAGCCCCCCCACCCUGUGUCCUGCGCCACCCACCGCCUCCACCACCUCGUGCCCGAUGCCUGCCAGAGUGGUGGUGACCAGACCAAGGUGCAGGCCAUCACCCACCCUGGAGCACCGCCCGCCCUGCCCCAGGCCACACCUCCAUCCCCCGGCCUGGCCAGAUGGCCGACGGAAGUGGAGUGUGUGCCACGGCCGACCUUCUACUCAGACUACCUGGAGGAAGCACAGGCCCAGCUGGCCUCCACCACAGCAGCUUGCACCACCUGGACCUGGAGAUACGACGGCCUGCAGCCCUCACCAUCGCAGGCCGUGGAGCUGCUGGAGACUGCCCGGUCCUGCCCCCCUACCCUGUACCCCAAGCCCCGCUCACAGUCCAACCCUGAGCAGGGCCAGAAUGGCCUGCCCGGCGCCACCAAGCCCCGCAGCACCAGCCUGCCGGGAGGCACCAGGGCAGGGCGGGGAGAGGGCCCCCCUAUGCUGAACGGCAACUGUGAGGGGGAGGGGGCCCUGCCACGGCACGUGCUGGGCCUGGCGGUGGAGGAGGAAAACCUGGAUUCCCUGGGUGAGAGCAGCGGCUAUGAGAGCUUCAACAUUCGGGCCUCCAGGGACGCCUCACCCACCAACAGCUCUGAUGGCUCACCCCGGCCCCGCCCCAUGCAGGCCACUGGCUCCCCGGGGCGGCCCAUCCCACAGGAAGACGACCGGGACUUCCUGGAGUCCCUGCAGCGGUCCAACACCCCAACUGAGGAGACUGGCCUGGAGGAGACGCUGUGUGAGAUAGAGGAGGCCUUCACCGCCGUCAGGCUCUGUCCCGGCCUCAUCCCUCCCUCUGCCCACAACCAGGUGUUCUGUGUGGAGGUGGUGGCGGAGGACGGCGGGGAGGCGGAGACCUUCCCUUGGCAGAGUCACGAGUCGUCCCCUUGUGAGGUGCCAGAGAAGAAUGUGCAGCCCAGCCAGGAGAUGCAGACCAGGCCAACCAUCGGUCCAUUCUUGGAGGCACUGCUGAUGCGAGUGGACCAGAUGCUGACCUCCUCCAUCCACAUCAACCUGCUGGUGGCCACCCUGCUGAGCCGCCUGGCUGCCUUCCCCACCCCACUGCUCACUUCACUGCUGCUGGACACCUCCAUUGUGUUCCAGCCCGCAGUGAGGUCACUGGUGCAGGUACUGAGUGGCCUGAAGCAGCGAAUUGACACACUGCUGGUGGGGGAGGAGGUGGCCGUGCUGAUGGGUGAGGCGAGGACUUGGUUCAGUGCCAGGGAGAUGGUGGUGAACCCGCCCCCCCUCCCCAGGAACCGCACCUCCUCCGUCUCCUCCACCUCCACCGAUACUCCACUUAUGAGAGAUGAGACGAAGAGGCGCAGUUUUUCCCAGACAGUCACCGCCUUGUUCCGUCGUUCUGGCCCCUCCGAGCGACCCCCACGCAAGGAUAGCAGCCCCCUCCAGCACCUCCCUGAUAAGACUGGCUAUAGAUACACCAAGCCAGUACUGAUGCCCUCUGAGGACGGCCGUGGUGCCUCUGGGUCUGUGGCAGAGAAGCGUCACUGUGCGAGGUGUGCGGUGCUGCUGCAGGAGUGGCUGCUGGAACUUUCAGCUCUGGCACAGGAGCAGGUGGUGGCCAAACCCCAGAUGGAGUUCUCCUUCCCCUCAAGGUGACAGUGACUGCCCCAUGGCACAGUGCCGGCACCCCUGAGGAGGCCUAGGGGGCAGGGUGCCAGGCAGAUCCAUAGGCCAUGGUGUGGGUGCCAGCAGUGGGUGGUGGGGCCGGUGUGGUGACCUCGGCUGUAGCAUUUAUUAGGCCAGGCCAACUCCACGGCACAGUGACCUGCCGCUGCUGCUGCAGGGUGGUGUGUGGUGUGUGGUGUGUGUGUGACGGCUGCCCUGUGUCCCGCCACACUCCUCUGUUGGGCUGUUUGUUGGUGAUGGACAGGGCGGUGGUGGUGGUGGUGUCAUGUGGCAGUCAGACGUGUUGCUGCUGCUGCCGCCGCUGCCUGGUGUCUAUGUUUCAUUGUUAUGUUUUGUUGUUUCUUGUGACUACCACUGGGAGGCCAUUGUACAGAUGUUGUCAGUGUGGCACCAGUGCCAGUGCCAUGGUGGGCCGGGGUAGUGGGGGGGACAGGGCAGCCUGUUGUGUGCCGUGGAGUUGGUCUGGGUGGUGCCUGGGGCGUUAUCCCGACAGUCUCCAAAGACAGUAGUCAUACCUGUACAUUAAUUACUUUACCUUGUACAUAGUCAUGGAAUUAUUAUCAUAGUAUAUAUAUAUAUUAUAAAUACUAUAUAGUAUAAAAAUUGUAUUUACCAUAUAUUUUAUGAAGGUUGGUAAGUUUAGAAUGCCAUCUUUUUAAUCAUAUCACUGAGUAUAGCAAUAGUAUAUAACAUGGAGUACUGCAAGUAUUUAUAGCAAGAGUCUAUAUUCACCUCACCAAAGAAAGGCCGGCCACAGCCGUCCUGGUGCUGUGGCCGGGACCGUGGGUGAACUGUGCCGGGCUGCGCUCAUCCAUGCAAUGGGUGGGCGGACCAUCCACCUGAUGGAUGAAUCCUCGUCCCUCGGCACAUGUCAAGCUGAUUCUCUUUUGCCUCCUUGUGAUUCUUAAGCCACGAUGCAAUGAUGCAAUGUCUCGCUGCCGCCGGGCCGAGCCACACAAACCCGCCAUUCUCAUUAACCGUCCGGCGCGGCGACGCUCAAGCCGCCUUCCGUCUCUGUCUCCGCUGGGCGUCCGCUGAUCUCCUGCCCCGUUGUGCCUCCCAGGACCCACCAGCUUGUCUGCUGCGGGAGUGUGGUGGUGCUCCUGGUGGUGCAGCUGUGGUGGUCUUUGCUUGUUGGUCUGCUGCCAUCUCAAGUCUGUUUACAUAUUCCCUCCACUCAAAACUAUGCCAUUUGUGUGUGUCCCUAUCUGUCUGUCUGUAUGUAUAUUCUGACGCCUGUUAUUUGCACCUCCCUGAACUGGUGGCCAUAACAGAAGAGUUUUCUCCACCUCUCUCUUUUUGCAGCCUUGUUUCCCUCCAUCUCUCUUUUCUCAGUCUAGUUUCCCUCUGCCUCUUUCUCUUUUCUCAGUCUAGUUUCCCUCCACCUCUCUCUUUUCUCAACCUGGUUUCCCUCCACCUCUCUCUUUUCUCAACCUGGUUUCCUUUCACCUGUCUACAUAAUUUCACUUCCCUGCCUGGUGAAAACACAGCAGUGCACCAGGAAGGCAUUGCACUGGUGGAGGGAGCAGUAAACACCUUCUUUGAGCACAGCCAGCCAGACAAGACACCACCUAUUUGGCCACAAGGUCGGAUCCCAGCGAUAGAUAAUUUUGUCCCUCUCGGAUUGUUCCCUGUACAUAACGUUUUCUAGAUCCUUCACUGUGGAGGUCCUGUGUGUUUCGUGAGAGGUCUGUGAGGGUGUCAGUGGGAGUGGUCUGUGGUGUGGUGAAGGUGUCAUGUCAUUGGAAAGCCACACAUGCGCUGAGAAACCUCCAGGAGAUGUAGUGUUUGGCUUUUUGUGUGGUUGGUGUGGUUGUCAUGUCAAGGCUCCAAGCUUAUCGUGUUUGGAAGUUCGCAUGAUAGAGAUUGUGAUGUGGUUCUUUCAUGUCAAGUCUGAAGUUUAUCAUGUCAAGAGGUUUAUAAGACUAGAGAUGUGAUUCUUUAAUGUCAAGUCUGAAGUUCAUGUUAAGAAGUUCACAUGAUAGAGAUUGUGAUGAGGUUCUUUCAAGUCUGAAGUUUAUCAUGUCAAGAGGUUUAUAAGACUAGAGAUGAUGUGUUUCUGUCUUGUCAAGUCUGAAGUUCUUGUUAGGAAGAGACAAAAUUAUGAUGUGGUGGUUCUAUUAUGUCAUGUCACAAGUUUAUCAUGUCAAGAGGUUUACAAGAUUAGAGAUGAUGUGUUUCUGUCAUGUCAUCUAAAGUUUAUCAUGUCAAGAGGCUUACAAUUAAAGACUCCUGUGACAUGGUGGCUUUAUCAUGUCACUAAGACCCAUAUUAUGAAACACUUCCAUGCCGCACCUUUUCUGUUUUCGAAGGGCUCUAGUUGAAGUGACACGGGUUUUUAAGGAUGUUUCUGUAAUUCUAGUGAUAUGUUAACAAGCUCUACUUGAAGUGAUACGAGUUUUUAAGAAGGUUUCUGUAAUUCUAGUGACAUAUUAACAAGCUCUAAUUGAAGUGACACGGGUUUUUAAGGGUGUUUUUGUAAUUCUAGUGACAUGUUAACAAGUUUUCUGCAUUAUCAACAGGACAAAUACUCCUUAGAACUCGGCUAAUCAUCUCUGUAGCCUUUGAAAAUUGUCACGGUGAGAGAAGGAAGCGUUUCUUAAUAUGGCGCUAAGUCACAAGAGCACAAGAUAUGACUUAUUUCAGUACUGUAGCCUGGUGAUUGCCUGGUGAUGUGAUUGUACUCUACAGAGGCACACACCUACUCUAACUUUCAAAACACCGGUGUCUGUAUUACUCACUCAAUGCAUAAUUAGAUCAGGCUAAGUGUGGCAGCCUGACUAGAGGUUCAUGAUAUUAGGACAGUCUUGUGAUAGCUUGCAGAAGAGCUGGUGGUGGAUGUGCCUCUCCCUUUGGUAUCCUGCACAGAGGUGGUGGUGGUGGUGGUGGUAGAUUGUGAUUAACCCCUUCAGUACUGGAACACAUUUUUUAACCAUGAGUUUUGGGUAUGAUUGAGCAAUUUUUUUAGAUUAUUAAAGGUCUAUGGAGGUCAGAAGAUUAAUGGCCUGAGUCUUCACUAUUCUAAUCACAGCAUAAGUAUCUGAAGCUGUAUAAAAUCACCAAAUAGUAAGCAGGACAAAUAUGAAAAUGUGUCUUUGUACUGAAGGGGUUAAUUGUGGUGUUCUGGUGAGUUGAUAUUGUGAUUCUGUUGAUCUUGACGUGUAUUUUAGGUGUUUCAAAUACUUUAAUUUUUUCAUAUGUCUAAAUCCUGUGCUUUCUUUGCUUCACUGCAGGACUCCUAAGCCUCUGUGCAGUGUGUCCUUUGGGGAGUAGGAUGGGAGUGUAGGACUGUAGGAUCUGUUGUACUAAUGACGGGGUGAGGUUUCUUUUUUUCUUAAUGUUUUGAGAAGGAAAUGAUUAAAAUGGUAAUGAAAAGCGCUCAUGUGGUUGUUUUUUGGCGCUCCGAGGCUCAGCGGCGGCCCGGGGUCUUGUGAAGCCGGUUGUCCGUUCACACUCAGAAAUAGUACACAAAAUUUUGGUGAUAAUGAAGUGUGGUUUUUCUGUAAGCUAUUAUUAUUAUUUUUUUAUUAUUACUAUUAUUAUUUUAUUUUAUUAUUUUAUUAUUAUUAUUAUUAUUUUUUUUUUUUUUAUUUAUUUUUUUUUUUCCUUUUGGUGUCUGAUCUUUAUAUUGAGAAUGUGUGUGUGUGUGUGUGUGUGUGUGUGUGUGUGUGUGUGUGUGUGUGUGUGUGUGUUUACCCCAGUGAUUUAUACCACUGAGACAACAAAGAUAACCUGUACCAUUCAUUGGAGUGACUGACAAAUUUACAACAUAGUUUAUGCAAUAAAACUUAUUCUUGGCA